AUGGGUUCAGUCUGCUCUGCAUAAAAGAAUCAAUCAAAAUAGCGCUCUUAAAAUGAAGAAUUAAAAAUCAACAAUUAACCAUAUUUAGAAGCUUCCUCCCUUGUAGGUUAAUCAUUACCUAUGGAAAAUAAAUAAGAUGCUGCUCUUGAUUAAUAUGUCUAAGAUUUAUUAUAGCUAUUUAAAAGGUUCUGUAUGUUUCUUGAUCUGGUGGGUAAUUUAGAUCAACUUCCACAACAUACUAGAGAAAAAAUAAAUAAUUGCAUCAUAGUUAAAUAAAAUAUUUCUAUUAUCAUCCAAAACAAUAUCAAAAGAGUCAUGAGAGAAUAAUAAAUCAUAAAACGAAUAGAUGAAUCAGAUUAUUAUCUUAUAUAUAAUGAUCGUAAAUUUGCAAGUGCUUUCAACUAAAUGAUGUAAAAACUAUCCAAUAUCAUUAUAACCGAUCUUAAGCCAGAUGAAGAUUUUUAGUCAGCUUUCCCAAUUUUAGCAGUGUCUUUUGAAGAAGAAGCUUAAAAAAUUAUUUCAAUUGUGGAGAAAAUCAAAAAUAUUUAAAUAAUUGCAAUGAGAAAAGGAAGUUCUUAACAUUCGCUUUCCAUUAAUCAACUAUAAUCAAAAAGAAAAUCUUCCUAACAAUGA